AUGCCUCCAAUAAAGGAGGUAUGGUCGAACAACCUUGAAUAUGAGAUGCGGGCAAUACGCGAGCUGGUCGAGAAAUAUCCCGUGAUCGCCAUGGAUACCGAGUUUCCCGGCGUCGUAGCGCGCCCAAUAGGAUCUUUCAAGACUUCGUCCGACUAUCACUAUCAAACAAUGCGAUGUAACGUCGACUUGCUGAAACCCAUCCAAGUCGGCCUUACGCUUGCGGACGAGGACGGGAAUUACCCCCAGGACAUAUCCACCUGGGAGUUCAACUUCCAGUUCAGUAUUCAUCAGGAUAUGUACGCGCCUGAAUCCAUCGAGUUGCUACAGAAGUCCGGAAUUGACUUCCAACGGCAUGAAGAGAUGGGCAUCCUACCCAACGACUUUGCGGAAUUAAUGAUAACCUCAGGCUUGGUUCUAUCGGAUGAUACGAAGUGGGUCUCGUUUCACAGUGGCUAUGACUUCGGGUACUUGAUCAAGCUUCUGUCUGCAUUAUCACUGCCAACGUCGGAAGACGACUUUUUUGAUGUUCUACAUACGUGGUUCCCGACUGCCUAUGAUAUCAAGACCAUGAUACGGAAGAACAAGCAGUUCAAGGGAGGGUUGCAAGAUGUGGCAGACGAUCUGGGGGUCAUGCGUAUCGGUCUGCCCCACCAAGCCGGUUCUGAUUCCCUUCUGACGGCGUCGACGUUCUUCAAAGUUCGCGAGGUCGUGUUGAAGGAUGAGAUCAACCACGAGGAGUUCAACGGAAAGCUUUACGGCUUGGGAGAGACAUUCACUCAAACGAAUGGUCUUCCAGAUCCCGGACGCGGUGGAGCAACAGCAGCCGAGCGCGAAGACCGGGGUGUAGUCCGAGACAUGCAGACGCAGAACGGCGCUGGUGGUAUGCAAGCGCAAGCACUGGGCAUGCAAAAUUCUGCAUUGUCCGCUAUGGCUGCGCAGAUGCCCCCAGGAGGGACAUAUGGGCCGCUAGGCACCAAUGGCGCCUUCCUACGGAGUGCCAUGGGGGUUGGUGGUGGGAGGUAG